AUGAGCCUGGAUGUAGUCGAACAAAAUCUCGUUACCUAUAUCGAAUUGGAGCUCAAAUGGCAAGACUUGAGACUGGCAUGGAAAGGACAAGAUUUCGAUGGAGUAUCCAUUCUUUGGGUUCACUGUGACCAGUUGUGGACACCAGAAAAUAUCGCUGUUAAUGUUAUUUCCGUCGAAGAAGUCUACCCGGAUCGCUUCAAACAAUGCAAACUUUACUCAAAUGGAACGAUUCACUACGAUAUGAUUCUUCUCAUUCGAUCAGCGUGCGAGCUGAAUGUUGAAAGAUUUCCAUUCGAUCAGCAAACCUGUGAACUCCAUUUCAACUCGCAUACUUACGACUCUUAUCGAAUUAAUACGCAGGGUGGGCUCUUCACCAAAUAUCCUGGUUCAGCACCAGCGGGGAAUAACGAAUGGUCAGUCACAAAUUGUACUGUCGAUCAUUUAUCUCUUGCUGAUUAUAUAAAGCCUGGAGCUGCUCCGCAAGCGGAAGUGGUUGUUUUUCAUCUGAAACUAAAACGAGAACCCAGUUUCUAUAUCUAUGUGAUCACUCUACCGUGUUUUCUACUCACUUUUCUCUCAAUCAUUGGCUGUUUUUGGACACUUAAUCUACGAGAGGAACAGUUGUCAAAACUGAGCAUCGCUUUAACAAGCAUGAUGUCGAUGACAACUUUUAUCCAAAUGGUUUCCGAACAAAUGCCGAAAACGGAAAAUUUCCCACUGUUAGGCAUAUUCGUUUUGGUCUGUGUCUUCUUGAUUUCCCUCUCUUCUGUUAUUCUCGUCAUUUUUCCCGAAAGAUCAAGAGCGUUAAAUAAAAAGGAAAAAGUUUCCAGAACCUGGAAAGAACGGCUUCAUUACUUUUUCUUCUCACGACAUUUCGCUUUUUUGGCAACUUUUCAAGAUUUAGCUCCAAUAGAGGCAAAUUUGAAUGGGAGUUCGCCCGUUGAUGAACGAUUUGCGAUUGUGAUCAAGCUUCAACUGCUUGCAUUGGUUGAGUUGGAUGUAGUUCGUCAAACACUACGGGCCUACAUUGAGGUAGAGAUGGGAUGGCAAGAUAUACGAUUGGCUUGGAAUCGAUCUCCUUAUGAUAUUGGACUUCUUUGGGUGCAUUGUGAUUCGAUUUGGACACCCGAGGACUUUGUGACGAAUACAAUUCAAAUCACCGAGGUUUAUCCGGAUCGCUUUAAACAAUGUCGAUUUGAUCACAACGGAAGCGUGUAUUACGAUCAAGUCUUUUUAGGCGAUUUCACCUGCCCAAUGGAUAUAAGCAAGUUUCCAUUUGAUACCCAAGAUUGCACGCUUCAAUUCGGCUCUAAUUCCUAUCAAUGGUUUCGUAUUAACCAAACCGGAGAGCUCUUCACCAAAUACAAGGAUUAUUCUGUUGUGGGAAAUAGUGAGUUCGGCUCUACGAAUUGCACUAUGAGAACGGAGACGGCCAUUGGCACAAUGGAUACCAUCUACCAAUCAAUUAUAUUUGACCUCAAAUUGAAGCGUGAACCAAACUUCUAUAUCUAUGUGAUCGCUCUACCGUCGUUCUUGUUGACCUUUCUCUCGAUAAUUGGCUGCUUCUGGACACCAAAUGUUAAAGAAGAGCAAUUGACUAAGUUGAGCGUCGCUUUGACGAGCAUGAUGUCAAUGACGACUUUGAUCGAUUUGGUGUCACAGGAAAUGCCAAAAACUAAAAAGUUUCCAUUACUUGGUAUCUUCAUCCUUGCUUGUGUUUUCAUCACAUCAAUCUCCUGUGUGGUGCUUGUAAUCCUCCCGGAGAAAAGGAAA